CAAUAUAUUGCCUAAAAUCUAAAGGUUUAUGAAAUGCUUCAGGAAACGUGAGAAAAACAUGGGAAAAUUCUGUUUUAUACUGUUGGCCUUCGCUGAAUCCUUCUUUUAUCCAGCAGAAGGGAACAUGUGUGACCUUCCCAAGAUGGAGAAUGCAGUGAUCGCCCCCUACUUUUACACAUUCACAAAGUUUUAUUUCCCAAUGAAAGAAGGGAAGACUCUGUCUGUGGCUUGUUCUGCUGGACAUACUUUUCAGUCUGGUAUGCAAGAGGAGAAAAUCACCUGUACGCCAGAAGGAUGGGAUCCUCCUGCAGUAUGUUUCAAAAAAUGUAUACAGCCAACUCUAAUUAAUGGGAUUGUACAUAAUGGAAAGGACUCCUAUAAAACAUCGGAGACAGCUCAGUAUAGCUGCUUUGAAGGAUACACAACCAAAGGUGGACAUAAAUCUGAACAGAUUCAGUGUUCUUCAGGUUCUUGGGAUCCCACACCAGGAUGUCUUCAGUUAUCCGACAGAUGUGUCGCUCCGCCCCUUGAUAACGGAAUUUACACAACAACAAAGAGAAAUUUUCGCAUUAAGGAGAUCAUACAAUACCAAUGUAAUACAGGAUAUUAUACUGCAAGUGGAAGUACUGCUGAUUGGGCUGAAUGUCUCCGUCAUGGCUGGUCAUCAACGCCACACUGUGCAAAAUCAUCCUGUGGAAAGUUGGCAAACGUGGAAAAUGGCGGUUUCCACCCUGUAAAAGCAUCAUAUGCAGACCGAGAUGUGGUGCAAUUCUCUUGUAAAGAAAAUUAUUUAACUAAAGGCUCUGAAUUAAUUCAAUGCUAUUCUUACGGAUGGGAUCCUGAGCCACCAACCUGUGAAGAAAGAAGGAAAAGAUGCCCACCACCACCCAGACCAGCCCAUAGCAUCCUGCUUAACAACUCAGCCUUACACCACACUGGGGACAUUGUACAUUAUGAAUGUGAUGACAAUUACAAGCUUAUUGGCACUGAGAAAAUCCAUUGUGAGAAUGGUCAGUGGACAACUCCACCUACUUGUAUUGAACUCAAAGAAAAGAUAGAAUGUGGAAAACCUCCACCAACAGAUAAUGGAACAGCUGUUAUAGAAAGAGAGAUUUAUUCCAGUGGUGAUUCUAUAUUUUACAAAUGUGUUGAUGGAUAUGAAAUACAAGGAUCUAAUAAAAUCAUAUGUAGGAAGGGCAAAUGGACAGAGCCUCCUAAAUGCAAGGCCAAUAAUGAAGACUGUGGAAGUCCACCAAAAAUAAGCCAGGGUGAGCUUACCGGUGCUGCACUGGCAAGGUAUACUACCGGUUCUUCUGUGGAAUACCGCUGUCACAGCUACCACUUAAUGGAGGGAACCAAAACUGUAUACUGUACACGUGGAACCUGGUUACAACUGCCUAAAUGCUUGGAGCCGUGUACAGUAUCUGUGCUGGAUAUGAAAGAAAGAAAUGUGGAUCUUCAGUGGCAUUUUGAGAUCAAUUCAAAAUUCUUACACGGUGAUAUGGUGGAAUUUAAAUGCAUGGAUGGAUUUGACACAUCAACACAUUCUGAACUAAAAGGGUUGUGUCAAAACGGUCACAUUUUAUAUCCAAGUUGCAGUAUAAAAGGUACACUGAAGUCAUGUGGCACUUCUCCUGUUGUGACGCAUAGCACAGUUAACUCAUCACAGAAAGUUUAUUUGUCGGGAUCUGUGGUUAUUUACCAGUGCUCAGAGCAUUACUACUUGAAUGGAAAAAGCAUGGUGCGCUGCUCCAACGGACUAUGGGAAGAUCCACCCAUCUGCAUUGAACCAUGUAUUUUAUCCAGAGAAGAGAUGAGUAAGAACAAUAUACAUUUGAAAUGGACUUUGUACAGUGAUUACAUUUUGCACAGAGAGUUUGUUGAUUUCUUAUGCAUGGCCGGAUAUGAGAAUUACGAGACUACAUUGGCAUUUGCUUUAAGGAGUGAGUGCAGAUAUGGACAACUAAAGUAUCCAAAAUGUGUUUCAAGAAAUCGAUAAAAAGUACAGUUAUUCCAAGCGGAACAUAUUCUAGUAAAUCAAGAUAAUCUUGAGUCAUUUUUUUUAUAUACAUUAGAAAAUAUGCACACAGAAUUACUAUGAUCACGUACCGUGAAUCUUUUGGGCAGAGAUCUCCCUGCAAAGGUCAUCAGUGAAUAUCCAGCAAGAGAUCAAAGUAGUUUACCAUAAAAAAAACACUACUCUCCAUUAAAGAAAAACAUGUCACCCAUCUUGCUAAAGACUGCCUAGCUCUCAAACUGCACUUCUG